AUGGACAUGCACUGCAGUGUCGUCUGCAGUGAUCCGCUCUCCUUGCUCGGGACGCGGUUGUCGGUGGACUCCCACGUGGUGGAAGAUCCCACUCAUGGGGACCUGCAGGGUAGGGAGCGAGAGGUAUCCUCGUGUCCCCGCACUCCGAUGGGAACGUUUGACGAGCAGGGAUGGGCGCCCGUGCACCACGCGGCCCACGAGGACGACGCGGCCGCCCUGGAGGCCCUGCUGGCGGAGCCCGGCGCCGCUGCCGAGCAGCUGGAGCUGGAGACGCGCGACGGCCUGCACUCCACGCCGCUGCUGCUGGCGGCCGCCGGACCCGGGCGCCGCCGCUGCUCGGAGCUGCUAGUCGCGCGCGGCGCCCGCCUCGACGCCACCGACGUGCGCAACCGCGGCCCGGUGGAGCUGUGCGCGCUGCACGGCGGCGCGGAGGCGCUGGAGCGCCUGCUGGACCCGCCGGCGCCGGCGACCCCGCCGAUCCUCGCGCACCGGCUGCUGGUGAGGGGAAUCGGCUCCGACAACGGCGACGUGGCGGAGGCCGUGAGCUGCGCCGUCGCCGAGCUGCUGGCGCGGCGCGACUUCGCCGACCGGCACCUGGAGGCGCUGGCGCGGGAGGGCCUGGCGCCGGUGCUCUUGAGGGUGCUGGGCACGUUCGGCGGGGCCGCGGCGUGCGUCGGGAGCCUGCGUGUCCUGGCCGCGAUGGCGCGACACCCGCUGGGCCGCGGUCUCGUCGUGGCCACCGGCGGCUUCGUUCCGCUGCUGGUCGGCGUCGUCAGAGGCGCCGGUCCCAACCCAUCCCUGCGGGACACCCUGGAGGUGCUCCGGGAGGUGGCGGAGCUACGGGAGCACAGGGCGGCGUUGGUUUCUGCCGGUGCCGUCUCGGCGCUGGCCAAAGCGGCGCAGGUCGUGGCCGCGUCAAACGGCAAAAAAAACGACGAUGAUGACGACGGUGGCCUGCCGUGUGCCGCGAUGGCCGUGGAGACGCUGGGCCUCAUAGCCGAGGAGGGAUUCCUGCCGGCACUGUGCGGCCUGCUGGCACGCGUGCCGAGAGAGGGGCCCGCCGCCCUGGCGCUGUGCCGGGCGGCGGGCGCCAUCGCAGCGGGACAGGCGCACAACCAGGACGCUCUGGUGGUGGGGGGAGGGGCGGCCGCACUUGUCCGUCUGGCCAGAGCCCCGUCCCGAGAGCUCCAGCUGUGCGCCAUCGAGGCCCUGCGAGGGCUUGUGGAGGGGAAUGAGGGGGCUCGGCGCGCGGCCCUGGAGCUGGGGGCCGCCGCCCCGAUGCUUCAGCUGCUGCGAAGGUCCCGGGUGGAGCGCGUCCUGGAGGCCACGGGGACCGCCCUCUGGGCCUUGGCCGGCGGCGACAUCGACCACGAGACGGCCCUCGCCACCACGAUGGGCGCCGAGACGCUGGUGGAGUUUGCGCACUCGGCCACGGAGCGCCUGCAGCUGCUGGGCGCGUGGGGCGUGAGCGCGCUGGCACGGGGGGGCCCGGGCGCUGUGGGGGGGCGCCCCCCCGGCGUGACGGCGACCCCCUCCCCGCUGGUGCAGGCCCUGCUGCGCCUGCUGCAGACGCGCAGCCACCCCGUGUUGCUGGCCACGCUGCCGGCGCUGCGGGCAAUCUGCCUCGAAGUCGGCUAUGUGCCAAGUCCGGUGCACCAGCUGCAGGUCUUGAACUCCCCCUGCGUGGACUUCCUGCUGGAGCUGGUGGGGCCCGCCACGGCCCCGGCACCCCCGGGGCCCCUCAGGACCCCCGAGGUGCAGGUGGAGGCCAUCUGGACCCUCGCCAGCGUGUGGCUCGGAAACCCCGCGAGGCCGGCCGCAAGCGCCCGCGUGGCCGAGCUGGUGGAGCGCCUGCUGCGGCUGCUGCGCUCCGCGCCAGCGGACGAGGCGGUGCGCGUGGGCGCCGGUGCCGCCCUGGCCGCGCUGGCGUUCCGGAGCCCCGGCACGCUGCGCCAGAUCCAGCGGGCGGGCGGCCUGCGCUCGCGCCACCUCCUGCCGGCGCUCGACUCGCGGCACGAGCGCAACCGCGUCGACGCCGCUUUCCAGGUGGUGGUGCUGGCGCGGGCAGUGGUGGACGGGAAGGCGGCAUCCCUGCGGGCGAGGGGCAUGGGGGUGCUGGUGGACUCGCUGUGUCGCUCGCGGGGUCACAAGGAGACUGUGGAGCUGGCGGCCGACUGCAUCGCUCGGCUGGCACGCACGCACGAAGGUGUCCCCGAGGCGCUGGUGGCUGUGGACGUGGUGCAGCUGCUGUGGCCGCUGCUGGAGGGGCCCUCGGGGCGCGUGCGCCGCUCCGCCGCCCUCGCGCUCGGCCACCUCAGCUUCACGCACGCGGCCGUCCGCAUGAUUCUACGCAGGUGCCGCGAGAGCCCACGGCUGGCGGGCGUCUUGCUGCAGCACACGGAGCAGCAGAGCGCCCUCUGCCCGGCGCUGCUGCAGGCGUGGAAGCACUACUGCGCGCUGGCACUGUCCUCCCCACGGAACGCUGCUGACCCCGCGACCCCGAGUGACCCCAGUGCUGACCUCUUCACUCGCGCGGCUGCCCAGUUGCUGUCGGGCCCCCUGCCGGCGCCGCCGCCGCGGCAUCUGGCCGAGGGCGCGCCGCGCUCCGUGUCACAGCUGACGCUCGACUCGCUGGCGCUCAGCCCGGGUCGGUAACCGCGCCGCGGUCGUCGUCGUCGUCCUCGCGGGCGGCAGGAAGGGCGGAGACGAGGCAAACAAA